UCCCGAGUGUCGGAAAUUUUGAAACUGAAGAAAAGUUAGAAAACCAUUACGUAUUUGAGCAGAAAGAACAUUUGGGCACCUCCUCCAGAGACUUGUAAUCGAUUUCUUACAUGGAUGAACAUUGUUAUGUUGCAGUUGACGUCGGCACAACUAGUGUACGGGCUGCAGUCAUCAGUAAAACGGGAAAAUUAUUGACGUUUUCAUCUCAGGAUAUUGAAAUAUGGAAACCUUCAUGUGACAUGUACGAACAAUCAUCUGAAAAUGUAUGGUCUUGUUUAUGUGCAGCAGUUCAGAAAGCCUGCAUCUCAGUCAAUAAAGAUAAAAUUUUUGGUAUUGGAUUUGAUGCAACUUGCUCUCUAGUUGUUUUGGACAAAUACGGUAAACCAAUAUCAGUAUCUGCAAAUGAAACAACAAAUCAAAACAUUAUUUUGUGGAUGGAUCAUAGAGCUGUGAAAGAGGCUGAAAUCAUCAAUAAUACUCAUCAUCAUUUGUUGAAUUAUGUUGGUGGGAAAAUAUCUCCAGAAAUGCAAGCUCCCAAAAUUUUAUGGUUAAAGAACAAUCUUGACUGUGAGAGAUGGCGUAAUAUAUCGUUGUUUUUUGAUCUUCCUGAUUUCCUAACAUACAAAGCUACUGGUUAUACAUCAAGGUCUCUUUGCUCUGUUGCUUGCAAGUUUAACUAUUUUGUUGAACCAUUUCACAAACUGAAUAACGAUAGUUCGGGGUGGAUUCCUUCUUUUUGGGAAAGUAUUGGUUUAGAAGAGUUCGUUUGUGAUGACUUUGAAAGAUUGGGCAAAUUGAUUUGUGAUCCUGGGACAAAACUUGGCAAAGGUUUGACAAUAGAAGCAGCUAAAGAACUUAAUUUACCAAUUGGUCUCCCUGUCGCUGCUUCACUUAUUGACGCUCAUGCUGGUGGACUUGGAAUGGUUGGAGCAAACAUUGAGUAUGAACUUUCUUCUGUAUCUCUUACGUCAAGAUUAGCAAUUAUUUCAGGAACAUCCAGCUGUCAUUUGGUGGUGAGCAAUGAUGCAACGUUUGUUCCUGGAGUCUGGGGACCAUAUUACUCAGCAAUGAUUCCUAAAUAUUGGCUCAAUGAAGGAGGACAAAGUGCAACUGGAGAACUGAUCGAUUACGUCCUUCACACUCACCCUGCAUGGAAACUAAUUGUUGAAAAGGCUAAUUUGAGUAAGUCAACAGUUCAUGAAGAAGUUGAAUUUACUGUGAACGAGUUUGCAAAAAAUCUGGAACAUUAUGCUUAUCUGGCUGAAGAUUGUCACGUCUAUCCUGAUUUUCAUGGCAACAGAUCACCAAUUGCUGAUGCUAGUUUGAAAGGCAUGUUAACUGGCUUAUCACUAGCAAAAGAUCUCAAAAAUUUAGUCACACUGUAUGUUUCAACGAUUCAAGCGAUUGCUUGCGGAACCAAACAGAUAAUCGAUCGUUUAAAUGCAUCUGGAUUUCUUAUCAAAGUCAUAAUGCUUUGUGGUGGUUUAUCGAAAAAUCGAAUUUUUGUUGAAUGUCAUUCUGAUGUCACAGGACUUCCUGUCAUUUUGCCACGCGAAUCAGAGUCGACGCUUGUGGGCUCAGCCAUCUUAGCAGCAAAUGCUGCUGGAGAUUUUAAUUCCAUAGAAGACGCUAUGACGGCGAUGAGUGCAUCUGGAAAGACUUUUUAUCCAAAUAACGAUUUGAAAAGAUUUUACGAAAAAAAAUAUGAAAUUUUCAUGAAGAUGCAGGAAGAUCAACUUGUAUAUCGUCAAAUCAUGGCGUCCUAGCAAAUUUUUGCUCAGCUGUCAUGGAGGAAGCUCGUGAUAAUAAAUUAGAUGAUUUGUAUAAGUCAGAUGCUUUGCCCAAACAAAGUUUUGUCGGUGAUUGUUGUGCCACUUGCCUUAUACACAUUCACUAUCGUUUAUUGAUUGUUAACUAUAGAAACUUCUGUAAUUACGAAGUAUCUUUGUCAUAAAUUAAUUUUUAAGGCUGAUGAUUUUUGCCCUAUGUAAUCUUCAUAUCUUCGAUGAUGAAAUUGUCUCGCUUACCUCUUUUACCAUGUUGUUGUACAUGAUUCUGCAUUGUAUUUUGGCAGAUGGAAAUCAGUUUGUCAUUACGCAAUUGAUUAGGUUGUUAUUAUUUGUUAUUACAUUCUUGUCUUAAUGUCCUAGUUUA